CAACGCAGUCGUUUAAUUCGACAGUCUAUCAUACCUAUUAGCAGCGCUCGGGCUUCUAAGAAAACUGUCUUAUUAGAAAAACUGCCCCUUCUCUUUCACUCGGCGGCGAGCGCCCGUCGCAUAGGCAGCCCAACGUACUCGACGACCGCCUCAGAGCCGGGGUGCCACUGGAGCGACAGAGACGGCUAACAGCGGAGGGAAUGCCGCGGGCUGUCGCGGCCGCUGCACCGAGAUGGCCCCACUAAAUGAGGUGUCGUGUCGAUGUCUCAUGGCGCGGGCCCGCGAUGGGCCUGGCCAGGCUGCGGGCCGGAGAGGCCUGCACACACAGCCCCACCGCCCCAAGACGAGCGGACCCACUCGCCGGAGCAGCGCUUCAAGUGAAAGAUGGCUUUCCUGCGAGUCCUCUGCGCCUCCCUGUCGGUAUGCUUGACCUUCGCCGCAGCAGCAUCCGAGCAGCGGGCGGGUCCACCGACAGCCGUGGGGGAGGCUCAGCCUCACCAGCUACCUCCACCGCCUCCCCCUGUUGUCGUCUUCGUCAACGACCGCGACAUUGAGGGAGCGACGCGCCUGCCCAGCUCUGGUGACGCCUUGGCUACCGGGGCUGCUGACGGAUUCGAGCGCUACGGCGUGCCGGCGGGUGUGCCGUCGUCGACGGAGUCCCGCACGAGCCGGCGGGGGACGCUCGUGGCCAGGACGACGGAGCUGUCUUCGCACGCCGUGCCGCAGCACCAACACAUCUCCCUGGUGACGGCGGAGGGUGUCCGCGUGCGCGCCGAGGGACUUACGCUGCCCUUCUCCUCGAACGUGCCACCACUGCCCGCCGGCGCCGACCGCCCCACCGACGGCGACCUUGCAGCACCCAGCGACCGUCAGCAGGAGGUGAACCCCAUCCCGUCCUCAGCCCCGGCCCCGGCCACGGCCCCGACCCCGGCCCCGACAGCGACCGCCCCGCCUUCGUACGGGCACAUCAGGCCACCCUCUCCAAACACCAUCGUCACUUACUACUCCCUCGGCGGUGGGGACGCGAAGGUCAAGAUGAUCCCGUACCUGCAGCUGGUGGAGCGCCUGGUCGGGAAGGAGGCGUACGGCCCACCCUCGACUGCGGCCCCGCCCCCGCCCCCGACCGGCGCGGAGGUGUACGGGCUACCAGGCACUUCCACGCCGUCUCCACCACCACCGCCGAGGUCACACGCGAUCGAGUACGCUCCCCGCUCCGAGGUGUACGGGCAGCCCCCGCUCAGAGCUAGGGCGGUUGCGUACGCGCCCCCCGGACCGACGACGCUCGCCCCCGCGUCCGCGGCCUCACAACCCUCCGCGAGGCAGCGCCUCGCGCGCGCCAGCCGAGAUGCACGGCGCCGGGACCGCGGCCUCUCGAAGAGCACCGAGAACACGAGGUGAAGCUGCUGCCCGCGGAGCCGCGGCAAAACACUUCGGCACCCCCUAUCCAGCCGCCAUUCUGGGGACUUUGAAGCUGAUUCGGUGGAAUGGAAUGGCACCCCUGGAUACGAUCGCGGUCCCCUCCGUCCACUGCCGCGUGGCACUCAACCCACUGGCGCCACGGGGCCUUCUCCCACGGCUCCGGGCUGCUCCGGGCGGCUCCGGGCCGGGCCCCGUCCCCGUGUGAGAUAGCAAGUGCACAGCUCACCCGCACCCUAUCCCGCUGCCCCUCGGAUGUUUGUCUCUUGCUGUUACACCUGACCGAUAAGGGCCGAUAAACUGUUAAUGCCACAGGGCGCCCCGCCACUGUGCGUGCAGGCGGGCGGGACAGUGGGACAACGGCCGCACUAUUUAUAAUUAUUGUAUGGUCAUCAACAUGAUAUGUUAGAGGAGAGAAUAAUGUUGCAAGAACUCGAGUGGUACCGUGUUCCAAGUGCGUUGUGUGAUUAUCCCGGUGAAUAAGAUUGAUGUAUUUGCAUUGAGAAUAAAAAUACAAUAAAGGCUCCACCAC